UAUCGCCACUCGUUUCAUGUCAUCCGAUUGGCUCGUGAGUAACGGCAGGCUCCUGCGCACUCCCAGUUUGAACCCCCCUUUAACUUUCUCUCCGGAGAACCCAUCAUUACGCUGAAAGGAGUUUCCACGGCGCGCAAGAGGAUGGAAACCGUGCGUCUUUCGGAGUCCCACUGCUCCCAGCGCUGAAGUGGGAGAGAAGAAGUGGAGUUUUGUUACUAGUGCGCAACUGGGUGCCUUAUUUAUUUGGAUCGUGGGUGACUUUGUAUCUUCUUGGGUAUCCAGAGAUGUAGAAAGAGCGAUCAGCUUCACCAAAACGGCGCGUAAAAGCGGCGUGAAUGGAUAGACUGACUCCUGCUGGCAUCGAACCUGCAACUUCCCAGUGGCAACACGGUCCCUCCAUCCAAUAAGCCGGCUCUGCCACCCUGAGUCCUCCCACUCCAACAACCUGUAUCACACCGACAGCAUGGAUAACCGAACGUUUCACCUCGCGCAAAUCCACCUCACAACUUUUCUGGAGGAAUAGCCUAAUUUGGUGUGAAACAGUGAUCCAUGACUCCCAUUAUGACUUUCACCCUCACAUGUGUCCCAGCCAUGCAUUUUGUGGCUUAGUGUUGUUUUUGACACGUUUCUGUGAGGAUUUCAGAGCCUCGGAACACUUAAAAGAGUUGUAGCGUAAAUCUCGUCGGCUCUCAUGGGACUGAGGCAUUCGUCGCGUUGUUUGCUGCUACGGCGGAAGAUGGCGGAGGCGGACAGCUCGGAGCGGCAGCAGCCUGUCAUGUCCCCCCUCUCCCAGUCUGCUCAGCCCUCCUCACUGCCUAAACCAGUGCCUACCACCCACCAUGUGCCCUGCGUCCCCCAUACGCCUCAUGUAGCAGCCCUGGCCACCUGUCCCGGUCGAGGCAAGAUCGCCAAGUUCAUCAGCCCGGAGGAAAUGACAUCCCGGGACUACUACUUCGACUCUUAUGCCCACUUUGGCAUCCACGAGGAGAUGCUGAAAGAUGAGGUGCGGACGCUGACCUACAGGAACGCCAUGUACCACAACAAGCAUGUGUUCAAGGAUAAAAUCGUCCUGGAUGUUGGCAGCGGCACAGGGAUCCUGUCUAUGUUCGCUGCCAACGCCGGUGCCAAACACGUGUACGGGAUUGAAUGCUCAAGCAUAUCUGAAUACUCGGAGAAGAUUAUCAAGUCAAACCACCUACACAAUGUCAUUACCAUCUUCAAGGGUAAGGUGGAGGAGGUGGAGCUGCCCGUGGAUAAGGUGGACAUUAUCAUCUCGGAGUGGAUGGGUUACUGCCUCUUCUACGAGUCCAUGCUCAACACAGUCAUCUUCGCCAGGGACAAGUGGCUGAAACCUGGAGGCCUGAUGUUCCCUGACAGAGCAGCUCUCUACGUGGUAGCCAUUGAAGACAGGCAGUACAAGGACUUUAAGAUUCACUGGUGGGAAAACGUGUACGGCUUCGACAUGAGCUGCAUUCGCAAUGUGGCCAUCAAAGAGCCUCUGGUAGAUGUGGUAGAUCCCAAGCAGGUGGUGACUAACGCCUGCCUCCUAAAGGAAGUGGACAUCUACACUGUGAAGCCAGAGGACCUGUCCUUCACCUCAGCCUUCUGUCUGCAGAUCCAGCGCAAUGACUACGUCCAUGCUCUGGUCACCUAUUUUAACAUUGAGUUCACCAAGUGUCACAAGAAGACUGGCUUCUCUACUGCUCCAGAUGCUCCCAGCACACACUGGAAGCAGACAGUGUUUUAUUUAGAGGACUACUUAACUGUCAAGAAGGGAGAGGAGAUCUUUGGCAGUGUUGCUGUCAGACCCAAUGAGAAGAAUGUGCGUGAUCUGGAGUUCACCCUCGAGCUGGACUUCAAAGGACAACUAUGUGAGGCGGCCAUAUCCCACGACUAUAAAAUGCGUUAGGAAGAAGAACAAGGCCCUGGUGUGGACCGACCCUCAGCCCCUCUGGACACACCUGGGGAGGGGGAGGGCCCCGGCUCUCCAACAAGCACUCCAGGUGGCCAGGAAGGGCAAACGGAGGCAUCUGAUUGGAUGCCAUCAAGCCAGCAUCUAAGUGAUGUCAUCAGAAUCGGCAAGUAUCUAUCAGCAAUAGUGCCAUCGCCUGUACCAACUGGAUCGGCACAUGGUUGAAUGUAACAUCCUACGUUAACUUGAUUUUUCUGUUUCUCUCACUGGGAAUUUAAUCAUUUUGAGUGUGAAAUGAGUUUGAAAUGAAAAGCAUUCAUGAGUCUUUAAAUGGUUCGUAGAGCUAAUUGAAAAACAUUGAUCUGUGUGAUGUCGAGAAGGCCACAGCACAGUCAUUAACAGUAUUUUUUCUUUGGUGAUUUCUUCAGAUUCAUUACAAACUGUAUAAUUGUGUAGAAAGUACAGUAUUUAAUUGUGUUUUAUUUUAUUAUUUAAUAUUUGCAUGUGGAACUUUUUUUUUUGCUUCACUGAUUUCAGAAAGAUGUGAAAUGUAAUUUAUUUCUUUUAAUUGAUGAUGAAUCAGAACAACUGGUGCCAGAAUAAAAACAGAACAAUGCCUCAGAACAGUAACAAACACAGAUGCAAUAUGUCAUGUAACACGUGUAUUGGAGAUGAGAUGAUCAAAGAAUAUGAAAAAGUUGAACGUGAAGAUGAAUAAAAUGUCAAAGAAUCAA